AUGCACAAUUCUACUAUUACCAACCAGAUCCCACCGCUCAUCCGGUGUAUGUUGGAAAUCGUCCGACUACGACGGAUCAGCCGGACCAACGACCUAAAGGAUCCAACGAUUCAAUGCCUCCAGGCCCGCCCCGAGCCCCCAAUCCCUCCGGCAAUGGGAACGGAGGCCCCCCUCGUGGAGGCCCACCUUCGAAUGGCCCCCCCUUCAGGAGGCCCGCCUGGAGGACCGCCAGGAGGCGGAGGCGGAGGAGACGGAAGCCCUGGCGGUCACGAUGACCGCGGAGGCCGGCCCAGCAACGAUGCUCGCCUCAACCCUCCGGCCCCUUACUACUAUACGGGCGGAGAUGGAGGCGGUCCACCGGACGGAGGGCCUCCACCCGCCGGGAGCAUGACAUACGGCUACCUCCCCAAUGGUUUGCCCGCCAUCAUCAUCCAUCACUCUCCCGCACCCCGAGAACAAGGAGUGAGACUCGACCAGAAGAUCUCUCGCAAAUCCAUGAACAAUCUCGCUGAGAAGAAUACGCAUGUAGCUCGAGACCUCGGGUCAGUCGCUCAGGACAAAUUCUCAGGUCGCGCGGAACGAUGGUGGCUACUUCUGGACAAGAAGAUGAAAGAAAUCUAUUCGUCCGGUUGGUGGGCUCUCUACGAGGGUAUCAAGGUACAAUUCUUCACACACAAGUUCAUCGUCGCUCUCCGAGACCACUACGACGGCCAAAGAUUCCGUCAACCCGGCUACGAGAAAGAGUCACCCCUCGACUUCAUCGAACACCGCUUCCUUUAUCACCGUCACCUUACCAAGGUGCAAGAAGAACCAAUGGAUGAAAUUGCCGCCAUCAUGCAGAGCGCUCCACCCACCUGGUCGACCGUUCUGUCUAUCGAUACUAUUUCCAUGGUAGCGGCUCUGCUGGCCAAGCUCGCCGACAAAGCCGACGAACUAGUCGCUUUCGCAGCUAUGGCCCCCACCCGGACCUCGCAGUACGAACAAUUGCUCCACCUCCCGUCUUCCAAGAGUGAGUCGCGGUCUAUGACACGCACGAAACGAGUAUAUGCCGGAGACGGGUCGGGCGGAGGUGUCUCGUUCGAACAGGAGGACGACGAGAACGAGUUCCAGGACUCAGAGCGACCAGCAACGAGUGAUACUGCCGCUCCUGCUGAUGCGCCGUCAGGACCCGCUUGGAUGUCGCAAGCCGCUGCCGUCCAGAACAAAGACUCGUCAAGUUCUAAAGCCCGGGGCAGCGGUCGCAAGCCUCCAAGGGCCGGUCACCGUUUCACUCGCGAUGACUCUGUCAAGAGCAAGAAGCACCCUCCGGGAGACUGUCGCAUCUGCGGUAGUCCUUACCACUGGGACCGAGACUGCCCUCACUGGAACGAAUACGAUAUAGGGCGCAGGGCCAUGUUCAUCGGCGCAGAAUAUGAUUGUGAGCUCAACGAAAACGAAGAAUACGAGGAAGCUUUCGUCGUGUACAUAUGUAGCAGCCUAGGCAAUGCUAAACUCUCGAGCGCUUUGUGGGCGGACAUCCGCCGGUCCGAAGGCGAAUAUCUCAAGGCUACCGCCAGCCUUCGCCGACGUACGUACCCAGUCCUUGUGGAGGAAGUCUCCAAGACACUGCCAUCGAAGGAGACUCUACCUCCGGAUUGCGCCCAUAUACUCGAAGACAUGUCCGAGAGUCGUACUGACCAACUGACCGACAUGCUCGCGGAAGCGUUGUCUGUGAAUGGGUCUACCCACUUUGAAUCAAAUCACCGGAGUUCAGCCCAAGCCGUGUCGAGAGAGGGUGGAUCUGCCGCCCCUCUCGAACCAGGCUCUCCACCGGAGGCCGAGCCCAAGGUUAUAACUCUUAAUCGAGUUAGGGAUCCCCCGCCAGUCUCGCUCAUCCCUCAGUGGUGUGCCGAGCUGACUCCGGAGCUGACAUAUCCCUCGUAUCGCAAGAAUACCUCGAUUCGUUGCCGCCGUCAUCGCGCCCUCGCGUACGUCAAGGAUUAA